GUACGCAUUGGGAGUGAUACACAAACCUGAGCUGGAAUUUGACACUGACUGCACCAGAAUGCUUGAGGAGCUUUAUGAAGACCACGGUGAUGUGUUGGCUCUACAGUAUGGUGGUUCCCAGCUCGUCCACAGGAUAGAGACGUACAGGAAGACUGCCCCAUGGACCUCUCACUCCAGGGACAUCAUGCACACCCUCUCCAGAUACUACAGCAACACAUUCUCAGACAAUGAAAAACAGAAUGCUAUCAAUGUAUUUCUGGGGGUAUUUCAACCACAGAAAGGACAUGCAGCAAUUUGGGACCUGUCCACUGACUAUUACCUUCACAACUGUCUGGCCAUGGGGAGAUUUCCUAAAAAUCAACGCAGCCUAGAUGUUUUAGAUCAGGAGGGCUCUGGGUCCAUUUUGGUGAUGAAUUCAAAAUUGAACAAAAGUUAUUCUCAGUGGUGGGAGAAACCAGUCAGAGAUUGCCUUCCCUUGCCUUAUGAUGAAG